AUGGCAGCAGGGAAGUCUGACAGCGCCGACGCAGUGCCGCAGUCGGAGCAACUGAACAAGAGAAAAAUGAUCGAGUUCUACAAUUCUUAUAUCCGAGCCAUCAACGAGGGGCCCUCAGAGGCGGCUCUUUCACGGUUUGUGCGACCGGAAGUCACCCACAACUCCAAGGGCAUGCCUCUAUCGCGGUACAUCUCGCUCAUCACCGACACCAGCGUGGCUUUCCACGACAUGCUCGCGCAUAUCGUCGACUUGCUUGUAGACGAGGAGCUGCAGCUUAUCGCGGCCAAGAUUGAGUGGUCGGGAACUCUCAUAACGCCGCUGAGGGGAGUUGAGCCGAAUGGGCAAUCAACGAGGUUUUCGGAGAUGGUGCACUAUCAGCUCGAGUCAGGAUUGAUUGCGCAAGUCUGGUCCGUCGUUGAUUGGGACUCAUUCGCAUCGCAGACGAACUGA